AAAAUGCAAAUGUUGUUGGUUAGUAGAAGUUGUGUACUUUGGAUAUUUUCAACAACCACGAAGCAACAACAAAAGCAGCAACUCCUCCAUUAUUCUCUCUCCUUCUACUUCUCCCAAACUCCCUCCAUUUCUCCCUUCUGCUCCACCUCAUCCAAAUCUCCAACAAUGGCUUCCGAUGACUCUUCAAACUAUGGAUUCAAUCGACCUGAGAUGUACUCUAGUUCUCUCGCUAAUACCGUCAAUUAUUACGAACGCCAUGUCUUCCUUUGCUACAAAAAUCAUGAAUCAUGGCCUUCUUCUGUUGAGAGUUCAGAUGAUGAUCCGCUUCCUAAGAUGCUUGCUUCUGCUCUUAAGGCUCGCAAGGAUGAUAUUCCUGUUAAGACUCGUCUGACAUUAUGUGGGGGAUGCAAUGAUAAUCAGUGCUCAGAUGGUGAUGUUUACAUUUUCCCAGAGAUGGUCAGCUAUAGGGGUUUGACGGAGUCAGAUGUAGAUGCAUUUGUGGACGAUGUUCUUGUGAGUGGUAAACCAUGGGCUUCUGGGCCUCCAGAGACUUUGAUUGGUGCAUAUGUUUUUGUUUGUGCCCAUAGUAACAGAGAUAAAAGGUGUGGUGUCUGUGGUCCUGUUCUCAUUGAAAAGUUUAAGGAGGAGCUUGAGUUGAGGGGUUUGAAUGAUCAGGUGUUUGUGAACUCUUGUUCUCAUAUUGGGGGUCACAAAUAUGCUGGCAAUGUAAUCAUAUUUGGAACAAAUGCUGAUGGCAAGGUUAUUGGUGAUUGGUAUGGUUACGUCACUCCAGCUGAUGUAGCAGACUUGCUUGAUGUCCACAUUGGCAAAGGAGAAGUUAUCGAAAAGCUAUGGAGGGGCCAAAUGGGCUUGAAAACUGAGUCCGAGAAAGAAGGAAGCAAACCCACAACCGAAAAUGCCCAGGGAAACGCUGAAGAAAAAUCACCAGCUGCAGAUAAUGAAGCCAAGGAAAGCACCACAAGCUGUUGCCAGGGUGCAAACAGUGUUUCUUGCUGCAGGGAUAGCUCAGCUACUAAUGGCGAACUUGCAGAAGGCGAUGUUAAGAAAACAACAGAUGGUUCUUGCAAGAGCGGCAUGGCGUGCUUGUCAAGUUGGGCUGGUAAAUGGGAGCAAAGUGAUCUUCUAAUGGCUGCUGCUGUUGUCGGGGCUGUCGCAACUGUUGCUGUGGCUUAUAGCAUCUUCAAAAGGUCGCCAUAAGCUAUCUAAAUGACUCAAUGCAGUUUAUUAUUUGCAAGUGAUUACCUUUUUUAGUGAGUAUGCUUACAAUAAUUUUUAAAACCCCACAUUUUCUUACUAGGUUGCUGCUAAAUGCUAAUAUAGCCCUAAAAAAGUAGGGAUGGGUCUUGGUGAUUAGGUAGAUUUUUUAAAGAUGAAUCGUAUAAAUGUCCCAUUAUAUUUUGUAUCUUGCUCUUUUGCUCAGUGUUACAUUUGCGUCCUCAGUACUUCACAAGCCAUAUUUGGGGAUUAAAGAAAUUUUGUACUUCUAAAUAUAAAGCGCACUUGAAUAAGUGUAUUACCAUGUUUAUGUUUGGCUGAUAUUAUCUUUGAAACAUACUUGUAUUUGUACGAUUAUUGCUUAUUUGGUUGUUGGUACUAAAUGGUGGUAUUUAUAAAUAAGGAUUUAUAGUGCAAA